GUCAGUCAGUGUGUAGCCACGGUGAGGGGAGGACGUGUGCACUCCCGCUCCGUCCUCAGUGUCAACUCGCAAUACCUAGUCAAGAGUAUCGAUCCCCCUCCUCUUCUCUCUCUCUCUCCCUCUCUCUUCCUCUCUCCACUCUUCCCUCUUCUCUUCCUUUUUUAAAACGCCGUUCCUGUUUAUCCCUUGUUUAUUUUGAUUGUCUGUCGAGCGACUGGUGUUGCCUCCGAGACGUUAAGUUUCGUGAUAUUUUAGGAACGGCGGGAGCCCCCGAGAGUGAUGUUUGUGUAGUGUUUGCGAUCUCUUGCAAUUUCGGGAUCGGCCCAAAGAGUUCGCCGUUUCUCCUGAGGCGAUCAUAUUUGUGCAUAGUGGUGUUGGUGAAGUGACGACGUCGACGACUGGGCUGGGGUCGUCGCAAACUGUGCCCGCGAGUGUGUUCAGAGUGCGCGGCCAGGGAGAGGACCACCAGCAGCAAGCCCGCUCCACGCCGUGUGUUACAGAAGAUUGUGCGGGAGUGUGUGUGUGUGUGUCCGUGAGGGUCCCCGAGGUCUGUGUGGAAGGCAGAACGUGCACCACACCGUCGGGCGAGCGUGAACAUCACUGUGAUAUACGGCCCGAGUUGUUACGCUGUCCACCUCCACCACCCCCAGCCCUCCUGCUCUGUCCUCCCACCCUCCCUCCACCUCCGAGUCGCCCCACCACCAGCCCGGGCUCUCCCUCUUCCACCCACGACACCUCCACCGCCAUCGCCACUCGAGAGGACCUUCAGACUUGGGAUUUAAUCGCGUCACCACGAGUUUGAUCCGCCGCGAAGGACACGGCAGGAGGCGACGGUGUCCACGAGGAGGAGGCAGGCACUCGGCUGCUCCUAAUUGAGAAGUUGAGGGUAAGGCUUGCAACGACUACGUGGAUGUGAGUGGCACUGCUGGGCGCAAAUGGCAGCGUCUCUUGCAGCAUGAGCGUGACCAACGAUUGAGGCUGGAAGAUAUGGUGGAGCAGUUGGCCCGCCAGCAUUCACAUCUUGAGCAGGAGGCCAAGGAACAGAUGAAUCAGGCCAUGCCACCAGGGGUGCAAGGUCCCGUACCCAGCUCGGCACCAGUAGCUGUCAAUGAAUACCGACCUCCAGAUCCAAAUCCUGAACGGGUGAAGGAAGUACUUUCAGGUCACAGCCACAGCGAGGAUGAGGAGGAGAAUGAGUUUGAGGAUGCAGUGGAAGAGCUGGCAGAGAAUUUCAUUGUGCAUGUAAAUACAAGUCAGGCACACCGAAGGUCUAAUUCCAAUGUUUCUCAGGCGUCAGAAGGGCACGGUGUAGGAGACACAGUGUCCGCAUCCAGCAGCGAAGGAGACGGGCAGGACAACACCGUCCAGGUCAUCAUGAGGAAAGACAACAAUACAGACAGUAGUUAUAGCUUAAGUGAUGAAAUGGCAAGCUUGAAUGGAUCCCAAGCUACAACGCCCACUGAUGGCAUUGUCGCGCAGGCAAAUGGCCGGCCUAAACGCCAGCGCAGAAUACGUGUCCCUGAUAAACCCAAUUAUCCCAUUAAUUUGUGGUCCAUUAUGAAGAAUUGUAUAGGCAAGGAACUGUCGAAAAUACCCAUGCCGGUAAACUUUAGCGAACCUUUGUCCUUCUUGCAACGAUUAACAGAAGAUUUUGAAUACUCGGACAUCUUGGACAGAGCAGUUCAGAUCGAGGAUUCGUGCGAACAGUUGUCCCUUGUUGCUGCAUUCACCGUUUCAUCUUACGCAACAACUGCAGUGAGAACCGCCAAGCCAUUCAACCCGCUUUUAGGGGAGACCUACGAGUGUGAUCGCACCGACGACCUUGGUUGGAGGGCUCUCAAUGAACAGGUGUCGCACCACCCCCCCAUCGUGGCGCAGUACGUGGAGGGCACGUCCGGGUGGCACAGCUGGCAGGAGUUCUCGAUGUCGUCCAAGUUCCGCGGGAAGUACCUGCAGAUCAUCCCGCUGGGCAUCGCGCACCUCAAGUUCCUCGCGUCCGGGAACCACUACACUUGGAGGAAGGUGUCGACCACCGUGCACAACAUGAUCGUGGGGAAGCUGUGGCUGGACAACCACGGCGAGAUGGAGAUUGUCAACCACAAGACUGGAGACAAGUGUUGCCUUAAGUUCAUUCCGUACUCCUACUUCUCCAGGGAGAUUCCAAAGAAGGUAACAGGCUAUGUUGUGGACAGCGAAGGUACAUUUAAGUGGUUCAUCACAGGCACUUGGGAUGAGAAGAUAGAAGCCUGCCGCGUGACCUCUCAGUCGAUGAGGGCAGGCAAGCCGGUGUACGAGACUGGACCACCAAAAGUUUUGUGGAAGAGGAAUCCAAUUGUGCCUGAGUCAGAAAAAUACUACAACUUCACCAAAUUGGCCUGCCAGCUCAACGAGCCAGAGGAGAACGUCUCACCGACUGACUCCCGACACCGGCCUGACCAGAGGCUGAUGGAGGAGGGAAUGUGGGACGAAGCAAAUGCCGAGAAGUUGAGGCUAGAGGAGAAACAACGAGCGACUCGGCGCAGACGGGAAGCGGAGGCCGAGCAGGCAGCAGCUGAAGGUCGUGAAUAUCCUCCCUAUUGUCCAACAUGGUUCGUAAAGGAGACGGAUGACGUCACAGGGGCUCUCAUCUUUAGGUUUACACAUGAAUACUGGGACUGCAAGGAAAAGCAGGAAUGGUCAAGAUGUCCAGACAUAUUUUAGUCCAUGGACAGUGUCUAGUACCUGCCUUAAUAUAUUGCAAUUUUUUUCUCUCUGCCGCCCAACUGAUUUGGGACAGGCCGUUUGGAGGCAAUGUUGUCCCGUGCAUCAAUUGGUCAAAUCAUACGUGAGGUACAAUGUCUUGGAAAUUUGUAACUAUGAAUCUGUGAAAGUUGAAAGUUCUAUGAUGGGUUAUCUUUAUUAUUAUUUGACUUUAUAUAUAUCAUUAUUAUUAUUAUUAUAUAUUCCUUUUUUUAUUGUACUCAAAAGACCAGUAUUGCAGCCAAAUUAAUUUGCAAAA